GUUUCUGUCGUAAGAGGCUCUGUUUGGGGCCCAUGGCCUUCACAAGGGUACUGCUGCCUGUACAGAAAACAACAGCUCCGAUUUAGGCUGUGAAAGGAGCUGCGUUUUUAUAAUGAAGCUCCUGCAGUUGAUGUUUACUGGACUUGCUGUUGCCGCCGUCUCAGUGCAGGGCAGAAAAGAAAAGACUCCCACAUCCACUGGAACGUGUGAACCGCUCACACUCCCUCUAUGCAAAGACCUGCCUUACACCCAGACCCUCAUGCCAAACGCGUUGGGCCACAAGACCCAACAGGAGGCUGGUAGGGAGGUUAGCGAGCUGUCCCCCCUCGUGGAGCUCGGGUGCUCCACAGCCUUGAAGCCGUUCCUCUGCUCAGUGUACGCCCCGCAGUGCGAGUCCGGGAAAGCGCAGGCGCCGUGCAAGACGACGUGCGAGGCGGCGAGACGAGGCUGUGAGCCAGUGAUGAAGGAGUUUGCGGUUCUCUGGCCAGAGGCGCUCAACUGUGACAAAUUCAGUCUCCUGACUUGUGAUGAUGACAACGCUGAAGGAAUAACAACCUCUACACCUCAACAGAGUAUCAAAAUGUCUGAUCUGCCCUCGAUUCUGAACAGCAAAGCUGCUGCCGAAAGGAGUGAAGUUUUGAGUACUUUGACGUGCCGCUACCUAUUUCUUUACAGCGAUAAAGAUGGAUCUGAUGAUCUGAAUACAGCAGAGUUUGAGGCCCUGAAGACGUAUCUCGGCAACCUGAGUAACCUGUUCGCUGGGCGGUGGCGGUCUGCAACCAGAUUUGCACAGGUUCUUAACACGCUAGGUCUGCAUCUAGAUCAGAAGACCACAGGCACUAUGAUCAAAGCUCAUGGCAUUGGACAGGGGACCACGUAUGACGAAUUUGUCAGCAUAAUAAUAAGACUUCACCUCAUGCAAGAACGAUUUAAUGCCAAGAUCUUGUCUGGCUUGCCGUGUGACUGCAAGAUAGCUGGAUUUACCUUUGAUGAGCUCAUCUUGACUUCAGUCCUUUGAAUCCUGACUUUUCUUCUGAAGACAAGUCUUUAAAAAAUUUUUUUUUAAAUGAGUGAUCCGACUCAGAAGUGAUCGGUCAUCAUGUGGCUAUGCGAUGUCAUCUUCAGAAUGCUUGGAGACAUGUUCAUGUUCUAUGUAUUAUUUUCACUUAAGGCUUAAUUAUAUACAGUACAGCCUAUUGUGUUUUAUGUCUUGUGCUGGCAAUAACAGAGACAGCAGGCAUGUUGGGGUUUUAUUUUGAAACGAGCCAGGAGGCGCACAUGCGCAAUUGAGGAUGCCAAUAUGGCGGCCUCCUAGGAAUGAAUAUAUGUGAGUUAUUCAUGCUGUUUGACAAGACGCACAGGAAUCAGUAUAGCAACAUGACCUGAACACAAAUUUGACCCAAGAAAGUCUAAUAGCUCACAAUAAUAUACAACAGAAUAUGCGUAGGAACAUUUCAACUACCAUAAAAUGGGAUUGAGAAUUUUUUCUGCGUUUAUGAAAUUUGCCUCUAUUAAGCGUGUGCUUGCGCAAUUUUAGCCCGUUCUUCAUUCAGUAAAUAUUAAGUUUGGCCCGCGAUUUUGGCCGAGAUUUAGAUUUUGAUAAUGAUGAUAUGAUUUCAUUUUGACACCCCUGAUACACAGUAUCUGUCCCCUCUAUAUCAUAAAUAU